ACUGUGACGCAGUCACGCAGCAGGACGUUACGUACACAUGGGGACACACCCGUCUACAGUCCACUAAGGAAAAUAAAAGAAUGAGACGUGUGAGCUGAGGGCUGAAGUUAUUCUCCACCAAUCUGGAACAGAGUUCCAUUACAGAGACACACUGCAGCAGACAUUACGGAUCCAUAACCAGCUUCAAGACUUCUAAAGGAUGAAGAACCUUAAACUUCUCAUCCUCUCUCUCUCCAUCUGCCUGUUGCUGGGCAACCUGGGGGUGAGUGGCUACAGUAAUGUCGAACCCUGCCAACGGUCCCGAUGCAAUAACUGCCAUGAGAAGUUCCUAUACCGGCAUGUGCGUCCAAAUACCCCGCUAACGACGGACCGCAACGCGUGGGAGAAGUAUCUACGUGAAAAGAAUGACUGCUCAAGACCCACGCAGUCCUUCCUCCAUCCCAAAGACCGCGAGAGGGUGGACGCAGUCUGCUCCAGCUCUGGGGGAAAGAAGUACCAGGGGAACCUGUGCAUCAGCCAAAGCCCGUUCACAUUUCUAACAGUGAGGAGUGAGACUGGGACCUGCGGUGUGUCCAGCGUGCGGGAAGAGACCAAGCAUUUGAUCCUGGCAUGUGAGGUGCUGGAGAACAGGUGUGUGCCGGUCCACUUCGAGGGGAACCGCGAGGGGAACAAGCCUGACAAUAACGCUGCAGGAUGUGGCAGCACGGAGAAAGGGAAGGGUUCAAGCUUCAAAGUAUCAGGAAUGUGGCUGGCAUCUUCAUUGAUACUCGUGUUUCUCUCACAACUCCUUUUCUGAAUGUGGCUGGCAUCUUCAUUGAUACUCGUGUUUCUCUCACAACUCCUUUUCUGAAUGUGGCUGGCAUCUUCAUUGAUACUCGUGUUUCUCUCACAACUCCUUUUCUGAACAGUUAAUGGGGGGGGUCAGAUAGUCAAACAAUACAUCAAAAGGAAGUUUGUUUUAAAGUGUUUGUCCUACACUCUAAAAAGAAAAGGUUCCUGGAGUAUCCUUUAGGGGUUCUUCAAAUGUAAUGUGUGGGUGAACCGCUAUGAGUUCUUCAAAGCACCCCUUUUAAUGGAUCCUCAGAGAACCUUUUGAAGAACUUUUGGGGUACAUUUUUGAACGACCCCUCUCCCCUAUUAUUAAUAAAGGUAAUACGCAUAACAAAAACAACAAUAACACAAUAUUUUAUUGUUCUCAGUGUUUAUUAUGAUUGUAGUGGCAAAAGCAGAAUAAUAAAAUCUAAAUAUGAGGUAAACUCCCAGCAGAGCCCCAAGUCCAGUGGAAGUCCAAUGGAAGUAUAUCCUCUGGCGUGUUGAUGUUAUUGUGUUGAUGUUAUUGUGUUGAUGUUAUUGUGUUGAUGUUCUUGUGUUGAUGUUAUUGUGUUGAUGUUAUUGUGUUGAUGUUCUUGUGUUGAUGUUAUUGUGUUGAUGUUAUUGUGUUGAUGUUAUUGUGUUGAUGUUCUUGUGUUGAUGUUC